AUGCAAUUCUGUGGCGCCGUUCGUUAUCGCCUACCGCUCAAUAUCGAGACAGCGAAAGAUGUGCUGGUUGAAAUUGAACCAGCGGAUUCGGCAGUUUACAAGAACCUUUUGUCGAACCCCGAUAUUCAGCCAACAGUUACCGAUGCUGUUUGGUUACCGAGUAUCACUCACGCAGAAUCAAUAUCGAAAACUCCAGAUAGCCGCGUUGUCUUACAUUUUCAUGGGGGAGCCUAUGUUUUGAACUCGCCACGAGAUGAUUCAAUGCAGUAUGGACCGAAAAAGCUGUGUGAAAUGCAGCUAGCAGAUGCAGUUUUGUGUCCUACAUAUCGACUAUCUUCAGGCCCCCGAAGCAGUUACCCAGCCCAGUUACAGGACGCUAUUACUGCAUAUGACUACCUGAUCAAGAACAGAAAGAAUUCGCCAUCGCAGAUAAUACUUUCCGGCGACUCUGCAGGAGCUCAUCUGGCAAUUCUCCUUCUGCGGCAUUUGAUGGUGAACCCCGAAUUGGGAUUACCCCUUCCGCGAGCACUCCUCUUGUAUAGUCCUUGGCUUGACCUAACACCAGAGGGAAUACGAAUCAAUGAUAAGAACGAAAGAGAUUACUUGACCGAGGAAUGUCUUGGUUGGGGAGCGACGACAUUUACCCCAGUAGGGGUUUCUCCCACCGAGGAGUUUAUCAGCCCUGGGUUGCACUCGUUUAAGAGCCCUGUUCCAGUAUGGGUCCAGGCAGGUGCUGCUGAGGUAUUCUACCCCGCCAUCACGAGGUGGGUCGAAGAAAUGAGAAAGGCCGGAUCUACCAUUGAUCUACAUGAUAUGAAGGAUAUGCCGCAUAAUAUAUUCGUUGUUGGGGGUGCCUUUGCUUUAGAUGAUGAGGUUUCUCGAGCGAUAAAAGCGGCAAAGAUGUUUUUGGAAACCAUCAAUCUUAAUUCUGCGGUAGAGAAAAGUGGUUGUCGCCUUUGA